CGGGUUGAAUGGAAGCGACUGGGCGGUAAAGAAGACGAUAAGAAGAGGAUACAGAGGAGUGUGGGAGUGGGCAUUUAUGGUUACCGAAUCAAGAUUUCAUUCCUAAGAUCUCUCUCUCUCUCUCUCUCUCCCCCCCCCCCCCCCCCCCCCCCCCCCCCCNCCCCCCCCCCCUGCACUCAUAAUAAGAUUCACAAGCAUUUCAAUCCCCAUUCCUCUCUUCUCUGUUUCCUUUCGCUCUUGCUAAUCCCCCCCAAAUGGACUCUCAGGCUCCGGUUCACAUCCAGGUUGUGAAGAUCAAGCGGGAGAUUGAGAAGAUCAAGCAUCCCUCCCUUCAGCAAUCCGAGAUGACCACUCAUCUUCUUCUUCGCGACAUGUCGAUUUCCAAACCGCGACCUCGCUCCCCGCUAGGGCUCGCUGCGGAGAGGUCUAUUUCCGUCGGGAAUUAAAUUAGGUCAUAUUAACCUCUUCUUGCUCUUCUCCCUCUGCUAAAACCCUAAAUUCUUGUUUCAAAGGGGUUUGUACAUAGUUUGGCUUUACCAUUUCCGAACUUUAUGGAUAUGCCGGAGUUGCUUUAUUUUCUU